AUGGACCAGAUGGUGUGGGAGUCCAAUGACCCUCAGCGCAGGCGUCAACCCUUGACGGAUGGGUCUAGUCGUGCGAAUCACUCGAAGUCGCCCAACGAUGGAACAUCCCGCAUGGUCAUCGGAGAGUCUGAGAUUAAAACACCCGACAGGUCGUCCUUCCUAAUGACACCCACUCCGAAGAGAUACCAGGACACCGAUCGGCUCUCCGUGGCAACUGACAUGCAACCCGAUUCAGCGCGGAACUCCAUCAUGUCGGCGGCGUCUCUCUUGUCAAACAAAGGGAAGAGGAAGACACAUGUUGGACCAUGGCAAUUGGGACGUACCCUUGGAAAAGGUGCCACUGGAAGGGUUCGAAAGGCAAAGCAUGCAGUGACAGGCAACACCGCCGCCAUCAAGAUCGUUUCCAAGAAGUCAGCUGCAAUGGUUCAGAGUGAGAGCAUCGCGGCAAUGGACCGAAAUGUGGGCAACUUUGCCAGCAAGACAGCAACCCGCCAGAUGCCAUGUGGUAUCGAGCGAGAGGUAGUGAUCAUGAAGUUGAUUGAACACCCGAAUGUGAUCAGCUUAUAUGAUGUUUGGGAAAAUCGUGGAGAAUUGUACUUGGUACUUGAAUAUGUCGAAGGGGGAGAGUUAUUCGAUUACGUAUCACAGAACGGACCUUUGGCAGAAGAAGAGGCAGUUCGACUAUUCCGACAGAUCAUAGCAGCUCUUGGAUACUGCCAUCGUUUCAACAUCUGCCACCGCGAUCUCAAGCCCGAGAACAUCUUACUUGACGGAAACCACAAUGUCAAACUUGCAGACUUUGGCAUGGCCGCGCUCCAGCCUGCUGGCCAUUGGCUGAACACAUCUUGCGGUAGCCCUCAUUACGCAGCGCCAGAGAUCAUCUAUGGCCGGAAAUACCGUGGUGACAAAGCUGACAUGUGGAGCUGUGGUAUCAUUCUGUAUGCGUUGCUCACUGGAUACUUGCCAUUUGAUGGUGGCGAUCUUGGAAAAACGCUGCGUCUUGUGAAGAAGGGUGACUAUAUCAUCCCUUCAAACCUCAGUGAUGAGGCCGCUGAUUUGAUUCAACGGAUUUUGCAAAAGAGACCAGAGGAUCGAAUCUCUAUGCAGCAUAUCUGGAUGCACCCACUGUUUACCAAAUAUGAGAAGCUUCACAAUGCGAUGGUUGACCACUACGUCGGUCCCCCUCCCCCUCUGUCAGUGAAAGACUGUGGUCCAACUUUGUCUUGCCCCCAAGACAUCGAUGUGGACAUUCUCCGCAACCUCCAGACUCUUUGGCACGAUGUCAAGCCCAACGACCUUGUUCAAAGGCUACUAUGCAUCGAACCAACCCACGAGAGGAUGUUCUACAACGCCCUGGCAAGGUUCCGUGAUGAACAGCUCGAAAACUAUCAAGGACAGCCACUUGAAUACUCGGCCAGUGAUUACCACCACAUCUCCCGUCCUGGAGGUAAGGUUCGUCGUGGCCGUAGCCAGCACGGAGUCGGUAACUCAAAGUGCCGGGCUCAGUACCCAUCUGUAAAAGAUUUAGCACGGUAUUCGAGCUCUAUCAAGGAGCCCAUGUCCUGCGGGACGGUUGAGAGUUAUGACCCAUACAGAUCGCCAAAACAUGAUGCCACGGUCACAGAAACACAGUAUGCUCAAAUAACUAUCCACCGGGAAGGUCCUGACAACGCUGUGGACCUUCUUUCAUCACCCAGAGUACAGCCUCCGCCUUCUAUUGUGGAAGAAGAAGAACCGGAAGAUCUUGACGAAGCAGCCGAUUCACCGUUUACUGUGCUCCAGAAGCGGAAACACAAACCAAGCUCCAUGAAAUCUUUCCACUCUUCCAAGAUCCCACACUCCAGCUCACGAGCCCCUGGUCUGUCCACACAUAGCAUGAGCUACCGUCGCAAUGUUUCUUUCCAUCAUACGCGCAACCGAUCUCAAGGAUCAACCACGACCAAGCCGAAACGCAGAAAGACCGCUACUGUUAACCAACAGGGGGAGAUCAAGCGAUCACCAAGCACGGCAAGCUUGCAAAUCCUCGCAGAAUGUGCAGAUGCACAGGUUAUCCCUAGCAGCCCGCCUCUGCCGGCACAGCCGACAGUAGUUCGGGCGACCAAUCCGAAGGUCAAAAGCCUACGCCAUGUGCGGAAGGUUCGUGAUUCAGACUAUACGUGGAGGGAUGAUACCCGCCAGGUCUCUCAUGAACUCAGCCAAAUUUGUGAAGAGGCUUUCAACGGCAGUUCAGUUUCGACCAUUCGCACUGCAAGUGUAGGAUCUGGUUAUGAAACUCCCGGAACACCAGUCUCGAUGGCAAGUCCAGAGCAAGUCCAAUCCGCUGCCAAGGCUGCUCACUCCAAAGCUACCAAGGAGCCCCCCCGCCCUUACAACAUAAGAGAGCUAACGGAGACCCGACGGAGGCUUCUCGAGAAUGGACUUGGAGGCAAGAAUGACAUUGACCACUUAUCUGGAGUCAUCAGCCAUCUGGAUCGUUUGAUUGAAGAACAUAACGCAACGAGUGCCAGGAGAGGAGACACCAACGUGGCUACAUACCAAGAUCCCUUCGUUAACCCCCCAAGCGAGGUCUUCCUGCCUGUUAUUGACGAGGAACUUCCCAGCCCUGCCCUGCCUGCUAACGAGGUGACCACUCAGCCACCACCACGGGCCUCGCUUGCUGUUUCUCAAGGUGCUGAUCCAAGAGCAACCAUUCGAAUGGUUCCUCAUAGUUCCUUCCGCUCCAUGGAGGAGGUUAAGCCUCUGACCAUCCGAAAGAAGAAAUAUGGAAAAGCCGCACCCGAAGUGCACAAUUCUGCAGCACCAGUUUCCGAGCCAGUUGACCUGAGCGUUUCGUCUGAACAACGAGAAAUCACUCCCAGCGGUCUGGCACCAAUUGAAGAGGCCCAAUUGGGUUCCAAGAAGUACUCCAGCACAGGUUCGCAGAGCAAGAAAUGGUCAUGGUUCAAGCAUCGCUCGAAUGGACCAGAUAGUCCACCCGUUCUGCCUCCAAAGGACGUCGUUCCUCCUAAGGACAUUCUGCCUUCGAAGGAGGUUCACCCUAUAAUCCCCAGUGGAGGUACAGUCGUUCAUGAGCCCAUCACCUUGGAACCUCAUUCCCCUCCUCCCGCUGUCAACACCGAUCGUGUACCAACCCGCAAGACAUCGAUGGACCGGUUUGGUGGCAACUUCUUCAAAAAACUAAUCACAAAGAAGCCGAGUAAGAACACACAGGAGCCUCCUGCUGAACGAGAACAUGACAUUCAAACCACACCGACUAAAGAACAACACCGCAAUUCUUUGCUGUGCAAGGGACUUGCAGACCCCGACAGCUCAAUUGAAGCUGAUGACCCUCGCAACCCGUUCCGCAACAAGCGUCGCUCACUGGCCAACCAGAAUUGGUUUGCGCGUGUAUUCCAGAUUAAGCCAGCAACCCAAAUCAUUCCUUUGAACAUUUCCAAAGCGAAGGGCCGCAAGGAGCUCUACAAGCUUCUUCGUGAGUGGAGAGACUUUGGAAUGGAAGAUGUUUACAUGGACAAGAGCAACAGCAUUGUCCAUGGCCGCGUUUGCGAAGCAAACUUCCUUCACCUUCGGGAGGUUGAGUUCACCGCUGAAUUCUACACUGUCCUCGAGCAUGGCCGACAGGCGAACCUCAGCUUAGUUCGCUUCAAACAGGAGCGCGGAGCAGCUUCAUCUUUCAACAAGGUCGUUGAAACAGUGCAAACUACACUGAAGCGUCGUGGCAUGGUUGUCGAGGACCCCUUACGGGCCAAGAAGAUGUCCAAGGUGCUCGACUUCCUCCCCAGCCAUAACCACAAAUAG